UAUUCAUUUAGUAGUGUUUUCCCACACCUGACGAGUCAUGAAAGUGUGCAAAACACGUGUGUUCACUGUAAACCGGCUGUAGUAUUGAAUCAAAUAUCAAUGUCAGUUGUCAGUAUAUUUUCAGUCGCCUUCGAACCGCGAGCGAGAGCGCACGUGUUGAACUGAAUCGUUCUAGCGGUAUUAUCGCGAUAUAUAAAUUGUUGAAAUUAUCGUUCGAUAAAUUGUUCUAGUGUUGUGUGCGUGUUUUGUUUUGGUUUAUUUGUGAGUUUUGGUCCACAAAACUAGACAAUGAUUUGCUUCGACUUACGUGUUGAGUCACAUACUCAAUACCAUCGCGCCGGGUGGAGCCACCGGCGACUGCACGAGCGACGAGCGCCGGCUGCCCCGCGCGCCCUUCACAUCAGUCAGCUGUUGCACCGCUUCGAGCACGGCUGCGCUUACGCACUUCUUAUUUUCCGUCGCGUUAAUAUUGUAACAUAUUGUAACAGUCCCUUAUUUUAUUAUACCAUUUUAUACAGUCCACCAAGUUUAAUUUACCAUCCGAAUCGUCAUCUAAUACAACACAUCACUGAGCUAUCGUCGCGAUCAUUGGUCCUUCUCCCGUGAAGUUGAAACCAAAACGGAAUUUUCCAAAUUCAAAAAGCCAACGGUUCAUCGGUUGGAGAACAAAGAACUUCGUCUUCGCCUUCAAGCUUCGCGGAAGAUCAUCAUUUUUGCGUGUCAUCGUCUGCAUUUGGGUCUUCGUGAACGUCGAUACGGCUACGGCAGCCGUCUUUAUCAAGUUCCACCAACGGGCGGCGCAAAAGGAGGUCGUCGAGCGAGGGUCUUGAGGGUCUUCAUACAUCGUGCCAGCAUCGCAUAAUUCAUCGUGUGUGGUGCUACAUAUUCGUUCGCAUUUUGGUACAUUGAGAUUACCGGCACGGUUUCAUUUAAACCGUCUUAGCCGACGUCAAGUCAACGGACGAACAAUAAUUGGGACUGCAUCAACUCAGCGUUUGCAAAUUACUUCUCAAGAUUGUCGUCGUGCAUCGAGAAACGUGAAGAAUCUCCUCGUCACAAUCAACAUAAGUGGUUUGCGUCAACAAAACCGUGAGAUCGUUCCAAUUUAUUAUUCCUUAUUCACAUUUUCAUAUUAAUUAUUAUCAUAGUAAUCAUACUUCCUUAAUUUCAUUCCCAUAUUGCUUUAAUUUCUUCGCAUUAGAAUUAGUGCAAAUCAUCUUUCAAAACAAUUUUUUUUUUUUUCUUCCACCCGCAUUGAAUUUAGACUGUUACAUCUUGCGUCAUCAUUCCAUAUCUCAUUAGUGCUUAGUUUGGAUCACCUUUAGUGUUCAUUGUAUUCAUUUACAUUUAUCAUUUAUGCAAUUUAAAUUAUUUUUACUGUGUUUUAACAUGUCAAUUUGUGUUUAGAGUGACAAAGCAAUUUAAUGCACAUUUAAGCUCCUUGAAAAAUUUUCAUAGCAAAACACGCCUCUGCAAUUUAGUCAAAUAAUUAUUUCCGCAGCGUAUUGCUACUACUUUUUUGCUAGGCUUUUUGCAUUAAGCAACAUAUUGCCUUUACUUUUUUAAUAGGCUCUUUGCGACAGUUAAGCGCCUGGACAUAUUUUAAUAGCAAAUCUCGCUUUGAAUGUUUGUUUAAAAUUUUCAUCAGGCAUUUAAAUAGAAGUUAGAUUACUGUUGUAGCUUUAUUAAAUAGUAACUAAAUAUGUCUGACAUUAAAACGCUUAUUAAAAAGCGAGCUGCGCUUAAGGCUAAGCUUACGCAGUUCACAAAUUAUUUAAAUGUAGUCAAGUCUUGCGAAAAGUUAAGUGAGACUCAGCUCAUUGAACUUGAACAACGGUUAAUUGCGUUCGAAAAUUCAUAUGAGAAAUAUGACACGUUACAGAUCAGCCUGGAAGAAGCAGUGGAGGAACCCAGUGAGCAAUAUGCGGAACGCGAGGAAUUCGAGAACUUGUACUACGCGCUGCUUGCUUCUGCGCGUCAGCUGGUCGGCAACGCUCGCCGGGAGUUGUCGGCGGAUUCCGCGUCUGAGAUCGAGAACACCAACAUCUCCAAUCUGCAACGGUUUCGACGCGUCGAAUGUCUGAAGCAGCAUUUUUGGAAUCGUUUCUCUCAGGAAUACAUAGUGUGGCUGCAACAGAGAACGAAAUGGCAUCGGUCAUCGGGAGAGCUGAAGGAAGGAACACUCGUCGUCAUCAAAGACAAAAGCUUACCGCCUUUACUCUGGCUUCUAGGGCGCAUCACUCGGGUGCUUCCUGGCAGAGACGGCAUAGCAAGGGUCGCCGACAUCCAUACACGAAAGGGUGUCAUACGGCGCGCCUUUAACACCAUCUGCCCUCUACCUGUCGCUGUUGAAGACUCUUCAACGGGGGGAGGAUGUUGAGUCACAUACUCAAUACCAUCGCGCCGGGUGGAGCCACCGGCGACUGCACGAGCGACGAGCGCCGGCUGCCCCGCGCGCCCUUCACAUCAGUCAGCUGUUGCACCGCUUCGAGCACGGCUGCGCUUACGCACUUCUUAUUUUCCGUCGCGUUAAUAUUGUAACAUAUUGUAACAGUCCCUUAUUUUAUUAUACCAUUUUAUACAGUC